AUGUAUUCUAAUACAGCAUUCUUUACCAUCUCAUCUUCUUCUUUUGUAAACCGCUUACCCCUCACCACCUUAACUUCUUCUUCAUCAUCAUCUUCCGUUCCUUCAUCAUCAUCACUAGGAAAAAACUCCACUUGGUCAGAAAACUUCACCCUUUUACUUGAUGUAGAUGGGGUGGUCAAGUCUUCAUCACUUUUAUCAGACUUUUCUUCAGCCUCAGAGACUUCACUUUGCUUCUUCUUCUUCUUCUUCUUCCUUCUCUUCUUUGCGUCUUUGUAUUUUCUAUCACAUCACCACCAGAUUCUUUCUUGCUCUUCUUCUUCUUCCUCUUCACACCAUCAUGAGCUUCAGAAUCAACCUUUGUCUCCUUACUUUUCUCCUUGGAUUUCUUCUCCACACCAUCAUCCUCAGCUUCGGAAUCAGCCUUUGUCUCCUUACUUCUCUUUUUCGAUUUCUUCUUCACAGCAUCAACAGCUUCAGAAUCAAUCCUUAUUGGCUUCUUCGACUUCUUCUUCUUCUUAACUAUAAAAACCUCAUCACCUAGUUUCUCACUUUCACGCCCAGUUAUCUCCAUAUCUUCUCCAGUAAAACCAUCCU